UGGGACUGCCUGGCUCGGUUUAGGAGAGGCAGCCAGCGCGGCACGGAGCGAAGCGAAGGCGGGUGAGCCCCGGGGCCAGCGAGCGAGCGAGUUUGAGCUGGUGCGCACCGUCGGGAGAAGGCGAAAAAGAAGGAGAAGGAGAGAAAGAAAGAAGCAAAGAAAGAAGGGAAAGAAGCAAGCAGAAAGAAAAGAAAGAAAAGGAAAAAAAGAAAGAAAGGAAAGCAAGCAGGAAGGAAGGAAAGAAAGAAAGAAAAAGAAAGAAGCAAGCAGAAAAGAAAAGAAGGAAGGAAGGAAGGAAAGAAAGAAGCAAGCAGAUAGAAAAGAAAGAAAGAAAAGGAAAGAAAGAAAGAAAGGAAAGCAAGCAGAAAGGCAGGAAAGAAAGAAAGAAAGAAAAAGAAAGAAGCAAGCAGAAAGGAAAGAAGGAAGGAAAGAAAGAAAGAAGCAAGCAAGCAAGCAGAAAGGAAAAAAGGAAGGAAGGAAAGAAGGAAGGAAAGGAAGAAGGAAAGAAAGAAGGAAACAAGCAAGCAGAAGGGAAGGAAAAGAAAGAAAGAAAGAAAGAAAAAGAAAGAAGCAAGCAGGAAGGAAAGAAGGAAGGAAGCAAGGAAAGAAAGAAAGAAGCAGAAAGGAAGGAAGGAAGGAAGGAAGGAAGGAAGGAAGGAAGGAAAAGGAGGGUCGAGAUUGCGGGCCGAUGGGUCUCCCGCCGUGGACCCCCCUGCUCGGUCUCUGCUGCGCCCUGAGCCUGGUAUCCGCGCAGAGGCACACCGUUUUCUGGAACAGCACCAACCCCAAGUUUCAGAAGGAGGAUUACACCGUCGAGGUGCGUCUGAACGAGUAUUUGGACAUCAUCUGUCCGCAUUACGAGGAUAAAAACGUCCCCGUCCAUUUGAUGGAGCGAUACACCUUAUACCUGGUGGAGCGAGAGGAAUACGACACCUGCAAACCACGAUCUAAGGAGCAAGUCCGUUGGCAAUGCAACCGACCGGAUGCCUUGCACGGGCCCGAACGCCUCUCCGAAAAAUUCCAGCGUUUUACGCCGUUCACCCUCGGCAAGGAAUUUCGGGAGGGACAUGAAUAUUAUUAUAUCUCAAAACCGAUUCACCGGCACGGAGAUUCCUGUCUUAAAUUGAGAGUGAAGGUGAUUGGGAAGAAAACUCUGAUACCACCAGGCCACAUCCCGACGCAAAAGGGGACUCUUCAAUCAGACGAUCCGGACGCCCCGAUGUUGCGCAGCGUGGGGUACAAUUCCGCCCCACGGCUCGGCAGCCCACUGCCCUUCAUCGGCCUCUUGCUGUGGGUCUUCCUGUCUCGGGGCCCCUGAAGGGAAUCUCAGGCCCCCCCUCAACGAACCCCCGGAUUGAACCAGGCAGGGUGGAUUCUGAUGAGUUGACCACGCGGCGAGCGAGACGGCAAUGUGGUAUCUUCAGGGUUACCGACCCUGAAACCGUCGGUAGCACGUGAGGCGUGAGGAAGCGCGGCGCACGUCGCGGGCGUGGUAAGGACAGCGUGCAAAUCGUCUCUUGUUCUCGAGAGAUGUCGUUGGACUCCCGGUGUGAGAAAGCAACGCGGUGAGAGGAUGACGUAUCCUCCGCAGGUCGGAGAUGUAUCCUCUGCGAGUCGGAGACGCCGAGGAUCUUUCUGAAGUUUGGUGGACAUUGUUGGACUUUUCGAGCAAACUUUGUUGGACUUUUCGAGAAAGAUAUAAGAUACGGGCUGCUUCCUAAACCACCCACUCCACUCCUGGACUUACGAGACUAAGUGAAUAAUUUAUCGGACUUAAAACAGGCAGGACCUGAAUUUGGGGAAGACCCCCGCGCCACUCCGGUGACUCAGAUUUUUGUCCUCGUGAUCCGGACGGGAAGGCUGUGUCCCAAGGAUAUCGAUUCAACAACUCGGAUUGAUACUAUUUAUUAGAAGAAAAAGAGAAAGUGACAAACCCAGCAAGGAUUUUCAAUUUCCAACGAGACAUUUUUAUAUCUAUAUAUAUAUGUAUAGGAUGAAUUUAGGACAGCGACACUCGUGUUCAUUCGCUUCGGGGUUUUCGAUCCGAAGGGGUAGAAAAUUGUCUUUUUCGGAUUGGUUUUAAUUUGGGUAAAGGCUAAGAUUUUCAUGGAGGAGAAAUCUCACUCACAGGUUUCUUGUCUUCACUUGGUUAAAAAGACAGGAAUCCACAAAAAUGCCAAAGAAAGUUUUGCUGGCAUCUUGUACAGGUAGUCCUCGACUUAUGACCACAAUCGAGCCCAAAUUUUAUGUUGCAAAGUGAGACCUUGGUUCAGGGAGUUUCGCCUCCCUUUUACGACCUUUCUCGCUGCGGUUGUUAAGGGAGUCGUUGCCAUUUUUAAGCUAGUAAACGGGGUUGUUGAGCAAAUCCUAGAUUCCCACACUGAGUUUGCUCGUCAGAAGGUCGCAAAUGGGGAGGCUGCAACCGUCAUACGUGUGAAACUCAGUUGUAAGCCACUUUUUCGGGGAUGUCGAAACUUGGAACGGUCACUAAACGAAUAGUUGUCAGUCAAGGGCUACCUGUAUAUCCAACAGUGCUCAGCUGUUAAAAGCCAUAAAUCAGAAUUUUUAUUAUUAUAUUCCAUGCCAACUGUGCAUCUUCCGUUGUGAGGGGAAACUGCCUCUGUUCGCGGAGGAUCCAUUUAGCUACGAAUAAGGAUGGUGGUCCUCAUUUAAUAACCAACAAUGGAGACCUGCCAACUUGGUCAUUAAGCGAAACGGUCAGUAAAUCCGUAGCCGCUGAUCCUCUCAUUCCAACUUUCCUUUUCCUUUUAUGGACCUGCAAAGGUUCCGAAUGCGAGGGCAGGUCGCAAAAUUUACCUUUUCAAAGUUACGGAUCCGACGCAAAACGAGGCAGUCGCUAAACGAGGAGGACCUGUUGUGACUUUUCAAUGCCAGUCCUAGCCUUUCCCGAGUGAUCUGCUCAUAGCGAAUCGGUUCUUUGAAAUCUUUGACUGCUUCACGUUGAUUUGCAGAAGGCGAAUUCUCAAAAAAAGCGGGGGACGGAAUUUAUUUUCUGUUAUGCUUUGUAUUUUUUUUAUCAGUUUUAAAAAAAAAGAAUAAAUAACACCGAAUAAA